AGUCAGCCAGCCGCGCUGGCGGGCGCGCUUCAUCCUGUAAGACCUUGAAGCCCGCAAGGCGGGCUGAGGGGCGGCGGGGCGGGGAGCUGGGAGGCAUGGCGCGGCCCGAUGACGAGGUGGGGCCGGCCGUGGCGCCCGGGCACCCGCUGGAGAAGGGGUACCUUCCGGUGCCCAGGGGCGCCCCGGAUGGGGAGGCGUGCGUGGAGCCGCAUGACGGGCCUGAGGCGCUGAACGGAGGCCCCGGGCUCGGCCGGCUUGUCGGGGGAGCCCCGGAAGGGCCGCAAACCCUGCUAGCGGCGGAGGAGGAGACCCAGGCCCGGCUGCUGCCCGCGGGCGGCGGGGAGGAUGUCCCGUGCCCCGCGCGCCCCCCGCGCACCGCGCUGUCGCCCCGGCGCUUCGUGGUUCUGCUCAUCUUCAGCCUUUACUCGCUGGUGAACGCCUUCCAGUGGAUUCAGUACAGCAGCAUCAGCAACGUGUUCGAGGACUUCUACCAAGUGUCGCCGCUGCACAUCAACUGGCUGUCCAUGGUGUACAUGGUGGCCUACGUGCCCCUCAUCUUCCCGGCCACCUGGCUGCUGGACACGCGAGGCCUGAGGCUCACGGCGCUGCUGGGCUCCGGCCUCAACUGCCUGGGCGCCUGGGUCAAGUGCGGCAGCGUGAAGCAGCACCUCUUCUGGGUCACCAUGCUGGGGCAGAUCCUGUGCUCGGUGGCCCAGGUCUUCAUCCUAGGCUUACCCUCCCCCGUCGCCUCGGUAUGGUUUGGACCCAAGGAGGUGUCGACGGCUUGUGCCACAGCUGUGCUGGGCAAUCAGCUUGGAACUGCAGUUGGCUUUUUGUUGCCACCCGUUCUAGUGCCCAAGACACAGAAUAACAACACAGGCCUCCUGGCUGACACACAGAAUAGCACAGACCUCCUGGAUGACACACAGAAUAGCACAGACCUCCUAGCUGACAACAUCAGCAUCAUGUUUUAUGGAACAGCAUUUGUCUCCACAUUUUUAUUUUUUUUAACAGUAAUUGCAUUCAAGGAGAGGCCUCUGCUGCCACCCAGUCAGGCUCAGGCAGUUCUUCGAGACAGCCCCCCUGCGGAGUACUCCUAUAAGACUUCUAUCUGCAACCUGUUCAGGAACGUCCCCUUUGUUCUCCUGCUGAUCAGUUAUGGUAUAAUGACUGGAGCAUUUUAUUCAGUUUCAACAUUAUUAAAUCAGAUAAUAUUGACACAUUAUGAGGGAGAAGAAGUGAAUGCUGGAAGGAUCGGGCUAACACUGGUGGUUGCUGGGAUGGUGGGCUCUAUUCUUUGUGGCUUAUGGCUGGAUUACACCAAAACCUACAAGCAGACAACUCUGAUAGUGUACAUUUUGUCUUUCGUUGGAAUGGUCAUAUUUACUUUCACACUGAAACUCGGGUACAUCAUCGUGGUGUUUUUUACUGGUGGGAUCCUUGGCUUCUUCAUGACUGGCUACCUCCCCCUGGGCUUUGAGUUUGCUGUGGAGAUCACUUACCCUGAGUCUGAGGGCACGUCCUCGGGGCUCCUCAAUACUGCUGCACAGAUAUUUGGAAUCUUGUUCACAUUGGCUCAAGGAAAGCUCACAACGGACUAUAAUCCAGAGGCAGGAAACAUUUUCCUCUGUGCCUGGAUGUUCGUCGGCAUCAUUUUAACAGCAUUGAUCAAGUCUGAUCUGAGAAGACACAACAUAAACACCGGGCUCACAAACAGUGACGUUAAAGCUGUACCAGUUGAUAGUCUGAUAGAUCAAAAACCAAAAGCGAUGGUGUCUGUACAGUUGGAAUCUUCACUCUGAAGAAGGGAAGGCCAUUGCCUCUCAACAUGGGGAUGUGGCGUCGUCUGUGGGCAGCUGUGUGAGUUGUGAGACACUUGAAAAUUAUCGGAUGAAUUCCGAAUAUUAUGUUGAUUUGGGCAAUAAUUUUGCUUAAAGUGCUCUUGCUCACCUCAUGCUAACACUCCUGUUCACAUAAUACGGUCUAUUUUCAGUUGUGUGUUGUGUACCUGAAAGUAACAUUUUUGACAUUUUUCAGGAUGCUUUGGUAUUUUUUAUGGGAGUCUAGUUCCUGUAAGACAUGGGGGUGCACAAUUCACACACAAAAACACAUCCAGUAUGUUAUUCCCAGUCAGUUAUCACCUCACUGUACUGACACGUCAGGGUCACAGUGUGAGCGCAGAAUACCACUCGGACAGGGCUGUGGAGUCGAGGUUCCCAUGCCUCAUAGCUUGUUGUACAGUGUACUGUGACACUUUCUGGCCCACAAAAACAAACAAACAAGACAGUUCUAUGCACAGACUAAGUCCAUUAUUCUCCAGUUAGCCAGGGAGCUGAGACACACAGAGGUCCUCUGAGGUCCUCGAUCUGCUACCCUCAUGCAGAUAAUGCGAACGCAGCACAACUUGGAAUAGCAGCUUUACACCCGAUGUCCAUUUUCACUCUCUUAAAAGAAACUUUCAUCCCCUGUGCUACGGGAUAGCUCAUGUUUCUUAUAUCACACCUAUAUUUUGCCUUGAAGAUGCCCAAGAUAAGGAAGUCUGUGAUAACUUCAAAGAGCCCGCGCAUCUCCAUUCUGUGGAGAGCCCCCGCAUCUCCAUUCUGUGGAGGGCCCCCGCAUCUCCAUUCUGUGGAGAGCCCCCGCAUCUCCAUUCUGUGGAGAGCCCUUGACAUCCUAGCUGCUUGUUCCAGGAUCAUCCCUCUGACCACUGUUUUUGAGGACUGCCAGCUUUCGCACAUGUUCCAUGAAUGCCGGGAACGGGUUCUGCUGCACCACAGAGUGUGUGCACUCGGUACUCUAUGGACACUCUCUUAACACACUCAGGACAAGGCGAAUGGGACCAAGUGUAUUUUCACAGUGCCUGCCACUGUGUCUUGUUUACAGUGAGAAUUAAAUGUCUUUGAUGUUUUGACUCUUAAGCUUAUGUUCAUGACAUUUGAUCAACCAUACUAUUUACGUAGUGUGAUUUUGUAAAUUUUACAAAAAAUGUACAUAAUAUAAAAGUGCACAUAGAAGAGAUAAUCAUGUAAUGAAUGUGGUGGAGCAAAUGCAGCUUUGAUUUAGGCAAAGCAUGCAUUGAUUUGUCUUGGUAUUAUAUUAUUCUUUUUUAUCAAUUACUAUAAAUUAUGUGGAAUUUGACAGUGGAUCACUCAGGAUCAGGAAUUCUGGUUUUGUGUCCUGGCAUGCUCCUGCCUUGGUAACUCCGGACACACCAUUUACCCUCUCUGAGAGACAGCAUUUUCCUGAUCCAUGAAAUAAUUCGUUCACACUGAUCUCAAAGAUCUUUUUAAAAUACUGUCAAUCAUCACGAAGCAAACCAAAUCACUGUACCACAGGAAUUCAGUCAGUCUGUAAUGGUUCAGGCAGGACCUGCAUCGUCAACAGUUUCUUCGGUGUUGAUGUCAGAGGUUACAAAGGACCAAAAAUGCACUGUCUCCCCCAGCUGUUUCUAUUUUUAAAUUGACAGUGUUGUUUAUGGUGAUCAUGGACAUGUUAGCUCCUGACGCUUUGAACAAGUUACAGAUGCGAGUUGGAAUACUUAAUGUCUGAAGUAUAUUCUUGUUUUGUCUUUCAUUGUUUGGAACAGGGACAAAGUGUGAUGUAAAAAUGCAAAAAGAAUUGAUGAUAUUCUCAGUGUUUUAAGUGGUAAUGUAUUAGGGAAGACUUUGAUACAAUUCUGUGUGUAGGUUUAGAAGUAGCAGUUGUCACCGCCUGUGUCUGCUUUAGUCAGAAGCUGCUGCAUCUGUAAAUGCUUUUGUUUUGAGGAUAUCGGAGGAAUAGCAUUGAAAAUGUUUAUGCAGUAACUGGAACGGCACCUGUGUCUCAUGUCAUCAUCCCUGUUCUUAUUUUUGCUAUUUUUUAUAAUUUCUCUAUGUGCCUGUUCUUCAUUAUUUCAUACUUAAAAUAAAUUUAUUUUUUUAAUGCUAACUUUA